CUUCAUCUGCUUUUCAAUUUCAAAAACAGCCAACGCUUGCAAGUCUCUCAAGUCACCAUGCGUCUCCAAAGCAGAACUCUCCUUGCUCUCUUCACUCUGUGCCUGACCACUGGUCUGGCCAUACCUUUGGCAGAGCCGGAUACAAACAGCUCGCCAAUCGCCGACGGUCCUAAGCUUGAAAGCCGUGAGCCUCACCCAAAUCCGGAGCCUCGAGGCCCUCCUUCUCCACCUCCACCACCUCCCAAUCCAAACUGUCCUAAGCAGAAGCCCAUUGCCCAGAAUCUUUGCAAUUCUGGUUCUCCAUACUGCUGCAGCGGCAGUGGGGCUUCGCAAGUUUGCGGACCUGCCAGCUCCACAUCUUGUAGCUCUACAACAAUCUGCUGUAUCAAUACCAAUGGGAUGCAGAUCUGUGCUGGAGAGAUUGACUUCACUGGGCCGGUGACAAUCAAUAUCAACCUGUGAUGAGAUUGUGAGACACAAGGUAGAAAUGGACGGGUUUGGAAAGAAGGAAUUGAACGGCAGAACCUCAUAACAUCAGAG